UUAAGCAAAGUUAAUGAUACUACUACCACCACCACCAUGUGUUUCUAUUUUAACCAUAUUUCAUUUCAUUUCAACUCACAGCUUUGCUCAGUUUACAAACACAAACAAAAAAACCUGUCUUGUUCUUCUCUCUUCUUUGAUCCCAACACCUACUUUCUUAAUCUCCACAAAAAACACUACUUACCUACCCAAAGGUUUUGCUGAUGUGGAUGCUUUAACCUGAAAGUUUACUUUUUUGUGGCGUUUGGGGCUCCCCAACUACGACAAGGCAUUUAUACUGUGUGGCUUAAAUCCUUAAACUUUGUUUGUUCCUGGUUGUGGAGUUAGCAAUUAGUUGCAUUUGAGGAAAAAGGGUAAAAGGGUCAACUUUUUGUUGAUUCUAUUGGAUAUUAGUGUUUGGAGAUUCUUCAACUUGUGAAUUGUAGUUAGUGUUGUCUUGUUGUGUGGGAAAAUUGGGGUUAUGAAGGUUAAAUCUUGUUGGUAGAAAAGGGUAGGGGUUGAAUUUGUUUGAAUCUUGUUUGGAGUUUUCUUAGGUUGUAAUGAAGGCUCCACCUAAUGGUCACUUGCCUAGUUCUGGAGAAGGAGAAAGGAAGACGAUCAAUUCAGAGUUAUGGCAUGCUUGUGCUGGACCUUUGGUUUCUUUGCCACCUGUUGGAAGUCUUGUGGUUUACUUCCCUCAAGGACACAGCGAGCAAGUUGCAGCUUCCAUGCAAAAGCAGACCGACUUCAUACCUAGUUACCCUAACCUUCCAUCCAAGUUGAUUUGCAUGCUUCACAAUGUUGCCCUGCAUGCUGAUCCUGAAACUGACGAAGUCUAUGCACAGAUGACCCUUCAACCUGUAACCAAAUAUGACAAGGAAGCAAUACUGGCAUCAGACUUUGGCCUCAAACAAAACCGUCAACCGACCGAAUUCUUUUGCAAGACUCUAACGGCAAGCGACACAAGCACUCAUGGUGGAUUUUCUGUUCCUCGUAGAGCAGCUGAAAAAAUAUUCCCACCUUUGGAUUUUUCAAUGCAACCUCCCGCUCAGGAGCUUGUUGCUAAAGAUUUGCAUGACAAUUCGUGGGCAUUUAGACAUAUUUAUCGGGGACAACCAAAGAGACACUUAUUGACUACUGGUUGGAGUGUAUUUAUCAGCACAAAAAGACUUUUCGCCGGAGAUUCCGUUCUUUUUAUCAGAGAUGAAAAGCAGCAACUUCUUUUAGGUUUGCGGCGCGCUAAUAGACAGCAGCCAGCACUUUCUUCGUCGGUGAUAUCCAGCGACAGUAUGCAUAUUGGCAUUUUAGCUGCUGCAGCUCAUGCUGCUGCAAAUAACAGUCCAUUUACUAUAUAUUACAAUCCAAGGGCCAGCCCCUCUGAAUUUGUUAUUCCGUUGGCCAAGUAUAACAAAGCCAUGUACGCUCAAGUUUCUCUUGGAAUGAGAUUUAGAAUGAUGUUUGAAACAGAGGAGUCUGGAGUACGUAGAUAUAUGGGUACAGUUACUGGAAUUAGUGACUUGGAUCCUGUCCGAUGGAAAAAUUCACAAUGGCGCAAUCUUCAGAUUGGAUGGGAUGAAUCGACAGCUGGUGAACGCCCAAGCAGAGUUUCGAUUUGGGAUGUUGAGCCAGUAGUGACUCCUUUCUAUAUUUGUCCGCCUCCAUUUUUCAGGCAAAAGUUCCCAAGGCAACCUGGAAUGCCAGAUGAUGAGUCCGAUGUAGAAAAUGCUUUCAAGAGAGCUAUGCCCUGGCUUGGAGACGAAUUCGGCAUGAAGGACGCCUCAAGUUCAGGCUUCCCUGGUUUGAGUUUAGUGCAAUGGAUGAGCAUGCAGCAGAAUAAUCAGUUUUCAGGUGGUCAAUCAGGAUGUUUUCCACCCAUGCUCUCAUCCAAUACUCUCCAUGGUAAUCUUAGCACCGACGACCCAUCCAAAUUAUUAAGUUUUCAAACUCCACUCCUCUCUGCGCCAAAUCAUCAAUUUAACAAACCUAAUUUACCUAAUCAAAUCAAUCAAUUGCAACAAUCCCCAGCAUCAUGGCCUCAGCAGCAACAGCAACAACAACAGUUACCGCAACAACAACAACAACAGUUACAGCAGCAGCAGCAACAACAACAACAGCACUUACAGCAGCAGCAGCACCAACAACUGCAGCAGCACCAACACCAGCAGCUACAGUCAUUGUCACAAAUACCAAUGAACCAGUUUCAGCAGCAGAGGCAACAGCAGCUACCUGAAUCACAAAGCUUGACACUGCUACAGCAACAGAUGACUCAGCAGCUGGGACAGCAGUCGCAGAAACAGCCACAGUCAUCUCAACAUGCUAUUAUGAAUAAUGGUGUAAUUGCUUCUAACCAGAUUUCAAAUCAGUUUGCCCAGCAACCGGUAACUUACGCUCAGCUUCAGCAACAACAAUUACUCUCAGGAGGUAUGCCACUCCAGCAAAGUAUCCAAUCAGUCAGUAAGAAUACAUUCCCAGUGACAACAUCCUUACCACAAGACUCACAAUUUCAGCAACAGAUAGACCAACAAGCGAGUCUCUUACAAAGGCAGCAGCAACAGACACAGUUACAACAAUCUCCACUGCAGGUAUUGCAACAAAGCCAACAACAGAGGGUGACACCAAAUCUGCCUGUGGCUCAAAUGUCUCAACAAAACACCUCAGAGCAACAAUUGCAGCUACAGUUUUUGCACAAAUUGCAGCAGCAGCAGCAGCAGCAACAACAACAAUUUCUUUCGACGUCUAGCCCACUUUUGCAAUCUCAGUUUCUACAACAAAAUACUCACCAACUAAGUCAGCAAUUACCACAGCUUCCUACAUCCCAACAACAUACUCAACAGCUUGGCAUUAAUGCAUUUUCAACAGAGAAGCUUCUUAACAGCAACAAUCUGUCUUCUUCAUCACAUAUGCAAUCACAACAGGUUUCUGUGAAUCAAACCCUGAAUAUGCAGAAGCCACUCACAAUUACUAGAGUUCCCUCUACUCUUACAGAUGGAGAGGCUCCAUCAUGCUCAACUUCACCAUCUACUAAUAACUGCCAGAUAUCUCAACCAAACAGCCUCAAAAGAAAUCAACAAGUACCAACUACAAUUGGCGGGAUCUUGGUAGCAGAGCCUACCAGUAAUCUGAUACAGGACCUUCAGAGUAAGUCUGACAUGCACAUCAAACACGAGUUCUCGAAUGUAAAAGGAUCUGACCAGCUAAAAUAUAAAGGCAUAACUACUGAUCAGCUGGAAGCUUCUUCUGGAACAUCUUAUUGUAUGGAUCCUGGCAAUGUUCAGCAGAGUUUGCCACUAUCCAACUUCUGCAUGGAAGGCGACGUCCAAUCAAACCCUAGAAACAAUCUGACAUUUGACUCUAAUCUUGAUGGUUUAAUGUCUGAUACUAUGCUUUCGAGGGGUUAUGAUUCUCAAAAAGAUCUUCAAAAUUUGUUGUCUAAUUACGGUGGUGCUCCAAGAGACAUUGAAACCGAGCUGUCCACUGCUGACAUCAGCUCACAGUCGUUUGGAUUGCCUGACACACUUUUUAAGCCUGGUUGCUCAAAUGAUGUUGGCAUUAAUGAUACUUCUGGGGUUUUGAACAAUGGCUUGCGGGCAAACCAAACUCAACGAAUGCGAACAUAUACUAAGGUUCAAAAGCGUGGCUCUGUUGGAAGAUGUAUUGACGUCACCCGUUACAAGGGGUAUGAUGAACUCCGGUAUGAUUUGGCAAGAAUGUUCGGGAUUGAAGGACAACUAGAAGAUCCUCAAAGGACUGACUGGAAAUUAGUAUAUGUAGAUCAUGAAAAUGACAUUCUUCUUGUUGGAGAUGACCCUUGGGAGGAAUUUGUAAGUUGUGUUCAAAGUAUAAAGAUAUUGUCAUCUGCUGAGGUGCAGCAAAUGAGCUUGGAUGGUGAUUUAGGUAAUGUUACAAUCCCAAAUCAAGCAUCCAGUGGAGCAGAUAGUGGCAAUGCAUGGAGGGGACAAUAUGAUGAUAACUCUGCAGCCUCAUUCAAUAGGUGAUGAGGAUAUCAAAUACUGACGUUUUGUAGCAGUAAACUUAUUCAUUGAGUGGUGGAAAACCAAUUUGAACCUUUAAAAUCUCUUGUUGGCAUUUCUACCACGCAUCUCAAAUAGGAAGGAAACUUUGUUUCUGCCAUUACACGGCAAGAAGCUUAAUUUCGCCUAGUUUAGAUCUUAAUGUUAAUGUCACAUGAUCCUACUCUGGAAUCCGCUUUCUUUUGAAUUCUGGAUUAGGAGUUUUGUUUUCUAUUUCACUUUUUUGCAUGGAACAACAGUAUAGGCUGCUACUUACGACUGUAUAAUAUGAUGGUUCUAGUGAGAUUAUUUUUUACUUGCCUCCCUAUGUAAAGUUUGUGAUGAUUAAAGUUAUUAUAUAAGGAAAUGAAGAAUCCAGUGAUUAUUGGAACAA